CCAGCCCUUCUGCACUUACAGUGUUGGACCAAGGACACACGUAUACCACUGCAUGUUGGGAAGUUUAGAGGUGUGCUUGACCAAAAAUUAGGGAGCUUAAGCAACGAUGACGUCGACGGCAACGAGAACGGCAGAAAGGCAGUAGGUAUAAAUUGGCAAAACAACAAUUUUGCACGUGUUUUGGUCAAACGGUUAAGACGGUAAUAGACCUUUUUUCACGAUUCCCGCCAUCUUUGCACAUGCUUUAUAAUUCCUAGGAUAAAAGCAAUGUCACGUGGUAUUUCAGGAGGCAAACAAGUGAUAAAAUUUGCUAACACGAGUAGUUUCUUCAUUCCCUCAAAACCAAACGGCAAUUAUAUUCUUGCAAAAUGUACGGUUCGAGUAUCGACAAGUUUUAUGUCAUUAUUGCUUGCUGUGAGCACACGGUACGGUCACUACUGCAUACAAAAAAAUAAUAAUGAUGGCCUCCACCCAUAAUUGGCCAUUUAAGAUAAAAAGUUCAUUUUUUUGUCGUCCAGAAUAAACAAACUCGGCCGCGAUUUGUUGUAUUGGUGGAGUAGUUUUCCUCCUGGCAAACCACGUGACAUAGCUUUUUAUCCCAUCGGUCCUUAAGAGCGUGCAAAGAUGGUGGAUAUCGUGAAUAAGGUUUAUUCGAGUUACUGACUUGUAGACAUGUUUUUGUUUCAGGCCCCUGGAUCAAAAUGAAUGAGUCUCCAAUAUGCUUUGGUGUGACAGACAACAAUGCAAGAAGUUUUAAGGUCCCAUCUAGUGGUACACUGGCAUCAGUAAAACUGGUCCACCUGGAUGGUUAUGUGAGAUGCCAUGAUGGCAAUUGGUCGUUUUGGGGCUGCGGCCAAAACCCUAAACUUGAUGUAAACGUUGAAAUAAGAUACUCGUCUGGUAGCCCUAUUUUACCCUCACGCGAGUUCGUGACCGUCAGGGAAACCAGGAAAACGGAGUUUUUGCGGAUCCCUGGUUACAACUCGCUUUCUCCAGAGCUGGUGCUAACGGCCGACGUCUCCAAUCCUCCAAACGUGACUCAAGGACAGUGGCUAAGUUUGUACCACAGAUAUGGUUCAUCGUCUUCCUGUGAAGGCCACAAAGGAGGGAAAUCGUGUUGCGAUGUUUAUGCUCGU